AUGUGUGAGAUGAAGGCGUCAUCACCUCGUCGCUACAACGAUUCCCCGCUUGAUCUCUUCAGAAACGAUACAAGAACAAGCGAAUCUCACAACCGAUUACAAAGAUUUGGUGUUCCUCCUUCUUCAUACGGUCCACCUGGACCAUCAGGAGUAGGAGGUCCUGGAUACCCUAGUGGAACAGGACUUGGACAUUACCCUGUGAAAUUAGACAUUGGUGGAAUAGCUCUUGGUGCUCUUUUAGGAUUAGGAGUUAUUUUAGUUGCUCCAAAAAUAGCACAGUUCUUAAGUGGUGGAUACGGAGGAGCAUACCGAAGUUUAGAUGACGACGAAUCAUCCAUUUCAUCUAUCUUGGCAAAGCUAGAUAAUACAUUGGACGAGCACAACAUAGACAGCAGCUCGUGUAUGCAACGAGUUAUUUGCACAUAUGUGCAUGAAGCGCAAAAGAAUAUGAAAUUGGGUGAAGGCAGCCCAAUGGAUGAGUUCAUAAACGCUCUAUCGAACAAUCCAAUUUUCACGUUUAUGUUAGAUGGAAGUGCAGUGAAACAAGCAAUAGAUAUGGGGAAACAGAGUGAUACUGAGAAAUGCGCUUCUCUUUACGCAAAAUGUCCAAUUAGUAAAGAGAAUGUCACACAAGUUAUAUCUACACUAUUACCGUCGUUUUAA